UGCUCCCUUCCUGUUUCAACACAAACAACAAGCAAGCAAGCGACGUUUCAAACUCGAGUGGACUACUUUCCUCAAAAGACUCUCCAACGUCGAAUCCGCUGCCGUUAUCUACGACAACAACAGACGCAUUCGGCUGAAGGUCGCCAGUUAACAGGGUCCCUAGUUAAACCGUAACACCCGCUCUCUCCUGUCAUCGGUGUUGUUUACCUGGAUCACACCGGGAGACUACCUGACUGGAACAUGUCUCGGGCUGCGGAAAGACUCAGGCUGCUGAUCAGUCAUCUUGAUCGACCACCUGGCACGAUUAGAGCUGCACCAACCUCAGCUCAAAGCUUCAGCUACAGCUCCCCACAGAGACUGAGAUACACUGACAAUACCGACCUGCUGACCCCAGAACAGCGACUCUUCUUUGAGGAAAAUGGCUUCAUCCUCAUCAAGAAUCUGGUGUCUGAAGAGGACAUCGACAAGUUCAGGAAGGAGUUUGAACGGGUCUGUCGACAGGAAGUCAAGGUUCCCGGAAUGGUGGUGAUGCGGGACGUGGCAAUCGUUAAGUCCGAGUUCGUUCCGGAUCAGAAGGCGGUCUCCAAACUCCAGGAUUUCCAGGAAGAUCCUGAACUGUUCCGGUACUGCUCCUUGCCACAGAUUCUGAAGUAUGUCGAGUGUUUCACUGGACCCAACAUCAUGGCCAUGCACACAAUGCUGAUCAACAAACCUCCUGAUGCAGGUAAGAAGACGUCUCGUCACCCGAUGCAUCAGGAUCUGCACUACUUCCCGUUCCGCCCGGCCGACCGGAUCGUCUGCUCUUGGACUGCGAUGGAGAGAGUGGACAGGCAGAACGGCUGCCUGGUCGUCCUGCCGGGAACGCACACCGGCACGCUGCGGGAGCACGACUACCCAGAGUGGGAGGGUGGCGUGAACAAGAUGUACCACGGAGUGCGCGACUUUGACCCGACGCUCCCUAGCGUGCACCUGGAGAUGGAGAAGGGCGACACCGUCUUCUUCCACCCGCUGCUGAUCCACGGCUCCGGCAUGAACCAGACUCAGGGCUUCCGCAAGGCCAUCUCCUGCCACUACGCCAGCGCUGACUGCUAUUACAUCGACGUGAAAGGAACCACGCAGGAAAACAUAGAAAAGGAAGUGAAGGAAAUCGCAACCAGGAAGUACGAUUUGGACGACGGAUUUGACUUUAAGGACACCUGGGCUUUCAAAGGCCACCUGGUUCAAGGAGAGAGGACGUCGCUGUGAAAGUGAAGCAUGAAGCAAACACCACGUCGUUGCAGCGCGACCGACCACAGAUCGACACGGUGAUCGGAUAAGAAGCAACAGGGCACGUUCGCACCAGCACAGGACGUCUUCAAGGCUUCCUGUCGUAAAGAAAAAACAGAUUUCUAAUUAUGCAAUCCCUAAUUUGCUUUAGAUCACUUCCUGUUUAUUUAAUUGAGGCUCGUCAUUAACAUUUUGGGAAUGUAAUCCAUGUUAUUCUAAAAACGGGAAAUACUUUUUUAAUAGAAAAUGUCAGUUAAUCACUACACUGUCAUGCAGAAU